UGGAUUGGUUGAAGGAGAAAGGUAGCCUGCAGAGACGGCUUCUUCCCUGGGUUCAGUCCCGUCAGUGAGACGCACAUGCAGUAAAGCUUCGUCUGAGCGCAUGUGGACUUCGAUUUGGAGAGGGAGCAUGAAUUUACCUUCAAGGCAUCGAUCCACACAUCAGAGCAAAUCUGGUGAACCACUAAGAGGAAAAUCAAACGGAGUCAGGUUUUAAGACAACAUCCUCUCUAACGGAGAACGAUGCGCCCACAUCUUAGUCUAUAAACUGUCACAUGUUUGUGAGGAAACAAAACAAACAAUCAGUGCGCAGGGGAUUUCUUCUGCAGGGCUACGCCGUGCGCUCUGGGUUGUGGAGGUUGAUACCUGGACGGAAACGCAGCGCGCAGAAGGAGAAAAGCGCGUUGGAGAGACAUUUCCUCAGAGUUGCCUCAGAGCGCAGUUUGACUCCUCAUCAUGGGCUGCGGCGCACAGGCUGACAGAGGCUGGAGAAGAGUGCCGAGAUUCCCCCCGGAGAUGCCGAAGGUUUCCUGGCUUCUGCUCUUUCUGCUGCUGGAUGUAGGAUUUGCUCAAGUUGACGAUGACUUCAUUGGUCUGGGUGAGCUUCCUGAAACAUUCCCCUCAGACCCCCCUGAGCCACUUCCAGUGUUUCUGAUGGAACCGGAGGAGGCCUACAUAGUGAAGAACAAGCCAGUUAACUUGUACUGCAAGGCAACGCCUGCCACUCAGAUCUACUUCAAAUGCAACAGUGAGUGGGUUCACCAAAAGGAGCACACCGUGGAAGAAAGGGUGGACGAAAACUCAGGUCUGGUGGUGAGAGAGGCCAGCAUAGAGAUCACCCGGCAGCAGGUGGAGGAGUUGUUUGGGCCGGAGGACUUCUGGUGUCAGUGUGUGGCCUGGAGCUCCGCUGGGACCACCAAGAGCCGCAAAGCUCACGUGCGAAUCGCCUACCUGAGAAAGACAUUUGAUCAGGAACCCUUGGGGAAGGAAGUGUUACUCGAGCAGGAAGUGUUGCUGCAGUGUCGCCCACCUGAAGGGAUCCCAGCAGCUGAGGUGGAGUGGUUGAAGAAUGAAGAGGUAAUUGAUCCAGCAGACGACAGAAACUUCUACAUCACCAUCGACCACAACCUGAUCAUCAAACAGGCUCGUCUGUCCGACACUGCCAACUACACCUGUGUUGCAAAGAACAUUGUAGCCAAGAGACGCAGCACCACAGCCACAGUUAUCGUCUACGUAAACGGUGGAUGGUCAACAUGGACAGAAUGGUCAGUGUGUAACAGCCGAUGCGGCCGUGGUUUCCAGAAACGGACACGCAGCUGUACCAACCCAGCUCCACUCAACGGAGGGUCCAUCUGUGAAGGACAGGGCAUCCAGAAGCUGCCAUGCAAUCCUCUCUGCCCAGUGGAUGGCCUGUGGACAGAGUGGAGUAAGUGGUCCACCUGUGGGACAGAGUGCACCCACUACAGGAGGAGGGAAUGCAGCGCCCCGCCACCCAAAAACGGAGGAAAGGACUGUGAGGGCGUGGUGCUCCAGUCCAAGAACUGCACCGAUGGGAUGUGCAUGCAGAGUUCCUUGUAUCAGAAGUCAACUGAGGCUAAUGACGAGGGUGAUUUGGGAAAUUCAUUGGCUCCCAGUACAGAUGACGUAGCUCUCUAUGUGGGUAUUGUCAUCGCUGUGAUCCUGUGCCUGGUUAUCUCUGUCGUCGUGGCGCUCUUCGUCUACAGGAAGAACCACCGGGAGUUCAGCUCUGACAUCAUCGAUUCCUCUGCCCUGAAUGGAGGGUUCCAACCAGUCAGCAUCAAGACUGCUCGCAAAGCUGAUCUUCUAACAGCACCACCUGAUCUGACCUCAGCGGCCGCCAUGUACCGCGGCCCAGUUUACGCCCUCCAUGAUGUGGCCGACAAAAUCCCCAUGACCAACUCACCUCUGCUGGAUCCUCUGCCUAACCUAAAGAUUAAGGUGUACAACUCCUCAGGCCUGGUGACCCCACAGGAUGACCUGGGAGGGGAGCUGUCGUCAAAGCUGUCACCAAAGUUGCCACACUGCCUGUUGGACAACAGUGACAGCACUAUGGGGCGCCGCACACAGACGCUACUUCGCACGAGGGAUCCCUCCUGCACUGCUCUCGGCUCCUUUAGCUCACAGGGGGGACAGCUGAUUGUACCCAACUCAGGGGUAAGUCUGCUCAUACCAGCGGGGGCCAUUCCUCAAGGCAGGGUCUAUGAGAUGUACGUGACCGUUCAGAGGAAGGACAACCUGAGGCCUUCUGUGGAAGAUGGUCAAACAGUGCUGAGCCCCAUAGUGAGUUGUGGGCCCCCUGGGGCCCUGCUGACACGGCCCGUCAUCAUCACCAUGCACCACUGUGCCGUGUGUGACGGCCAGCAGGACUGGCUGAUCCAACUCAAGAGCCAGUCCCAGCAGAACCAGUGGGAGGAUGUGGUGGUUGUAGGAGAGGAAAACUUCACCACGCCGUGCUAUAUCCAGAUGGAUGAGGAGGCUUGCCACAUCCUGACGGAGACAUUGGGCACCUACUGCCUCGUGGGUCAAUCUCUCAGCGCUGCCACCAUUAAACGCCUCAAACUAGCCAUCUUUGGCCCCGUCACCUGCCCCGCCAUGGAGUAUCACAUCAGAGUUUACUGUCUGGACGACACUCAGGAUGCACUCAAGGAAGUUCUGCAGAUGGAGAAGCAAAUGGGUGGAAAACUUCUGGAUGAACCAAAGACUCUAAACUUUAAGGACAGCACUCACAAUCUGAGACUUUCCAUCCAUGAUGUUACCCAGCCAUUGUGGAAGAGCAAACUUCUAGCAAAGUAUCAGGAGCUCUCCUUUCAGCAAGUCUGGACGGGCUCUCAGAGAAACCUCCACUGCUGUUUCACUUUGGAGCGCUUCUCUCUUAGCACGGUGGACCUGAGCUGUAAGAUAUGUGUGCGACAAGUUGAAGGAGAGGGACAAAUCUUUCAGUUGGAUACGACACUCUCAGAGGACUCCCAGAGCAUUGACACAUCCCUGCUGGACCCCGCCAGCAACAUCACGACAUUGGUCGGGCCAAACGCUUUCCGCAUCCCUCUUUCCAUUCGACAGAAGCUGUGCGGUAGCCUAGAUGCGCCGCAGACCAGAGGCAAUGACUGGAGGAUGCUGGCCCACAAACUCAACCUUGACAGGUAUCUGAACUACUUUGCCACCAAAUCCAGUCCUACUGGAGUGAUCUUGGAUUUAUGGGAGGCACAGCAUUUUCCUGACGGCAACCUCAGCCGCCUUGCCCAGGUGCUGGAGGAGAUGGGACGUCACGACAGCCUGGUUCCUUCUGCAACCGACCACUGACGUCUGCUUACGCCCGAAGAGGAAGAAGAUAAAAAGAGAAAUAAGGAAAAGAGGAAUAAAGCAUGACUUUUAUUUGGAAUCUAAGAGGCAAAUCCUGGUUUGCUCUCUUAAGGUGCACGCUGAAAAUAGUGGGAGCAUACAAACAGCCAGGUCUGCUCAGCUAUGACCCAGUUAAACAUUGGCAACAAAAGGGUGUAGAAACCUGGAGAGUAAACAUGAACCCUUGCCAGUCACUUUUCUGGCUGAUUCUUCCUUUCUCUGGUGCAACAGUUUGAUAUUCUUGGCUCUUGUUUCCUUGGAAACAGCUGUCCGGUUGUUUGGAUAGGUUGGCUGCAGAUUGUCUCACAAUGUAUGAGAAACAGUCGACAAAGAGGUCAGCGGAUCAAAGGAAAGGCGGGGUGUAGAGAGAGCAUCACUCAGCUAUCAAAGUCAAUUUUCUGCUAUUGUUGAUGACUCAGUAUUUAACAAUAUAUCUAUUUAUGCUUGUUUUUUAUUUUCUUUUGGGCUGUUAUUCAGUAUUUUAUAGAACCUUUUAUUUUUAGUUGCAUUUUCAUUUCUUUGACUGUGUCACAUCGCCACCUGGUGGACUUCCAUGGAAGUAAGAGUCAGAAAAAACUACAGUAAAGGAAAACCAUUGUCUUUAAUACUCUGUUUAAUAAUUAUCUAUAUUAUUUAGUGUUAUGUAAUAUUAUGGUGUCUUGGUUGCAUCUUUUUUAACAAUUUUUUGUUCGUUUUAUACGUUUUUAUUCAUUUUUGAAUCCCCUCCCGUCUUUAACUUGUUUAUUUUAGAAAUUAGAUACGCUAUUGAAGUAUACAAAAUAUCCCAUGCAGAAUGAAUAAAUACAAAUACAUUUAUGAUUAACUGUAAUCAUUUCCACAACAUGAUCCUGUGAUCAGACAGGUUUAUUUUUGUAGGAUCAGUGCAGUGGGAAACAGCUGCUUUCUACCAAAAAAUGGAGACUUACAAGAUGUGAGGGUCUAUUUAAUCAGUUUAAUCUUGUUUUAUUUUAGUGUUUGCAGUUAAGUCACAUUCUCCAGCGCUUUGAGAAAAACGCUGAGAUUUUAACUCAAGAAAGUUUGUACAUUAUAUAACAGAAGCCAUCAGUGUCAUGAUGAUGCUGAUCAUGUGUAUAAUACUCAUUAAUAGCUAUAAAUGCGACAUUCCUUUAACGAAGCAGCACUGUUCAAGUGUUCUUUAUGGUUUUAUUGUAUUCCUCAAUGGUAUUUGUCUGAGUUUUUGUAAAGCUGUCUAUGCAAACUCUGCAUCCUAUUGGAACAAUCUUUUCAUUUAUCAGUGUGCUAGCCUUUAUCUGAUCGUCUUUCAGCUUCAUGACUAAUGUUGUGCAUAGCGAGAAUGUAGCCUGUCCGUUUAUGGCGCUCAUGAUGUUCCUCGCUUGCGUUUCAUCUGUUGAGUUACUGUACAAAGUGUAAGAAAGAAUUUUUAAGACUGAUAAUAAAUUAUAUUUAUAUGCAACAAUAUAAAUGAAGCAUUCCUGUUUGAAUUUCUGAAACUGCAGAGCACUGUUUCAGAGGGGAUUGUUAUCCUGUGGGCACAAAUUUUGGCCAAACAGUUUUGUACUUGUAAACCGAGCUUUGUAACAAUAUGAAAUAAAAUGCCUGAGAAACUCA